AUAGACAACCAGCGCUGUGCUUCGGAGCUGAGACUCUGAGCAUCCUUCAGGCCUGCUGCCUGCUGGGCAUCCUAAACCUUGGGCAGUGAAGGGCGGAGCUGGAGGCUGUGCUAUAGGGUCGAGUGGUAUCCAGGAGGAUGAAGCAGGGCCUAGUGGAUGAUACUGAGGAUGUGUCCCUGGACUUCGGCAAUGAAGAGGAGCUGGCCUUUAGGAAGGUCAAGAUCAGGCACCCCCUGGCUACCUUCUUCCACCUGUUCUUCCGAGUGAGCGCCAUUGUCACCUAUGUGUGCUGCGACUGGUUCAGCAGGAGCUUUGUGGGCUGCUUUGUCACCGUGCUCCUCCUCCUGUCCUUCGACUUCUGGUCUGUGAAGAAUGUGACAGGAAGACUCAUGGUAGGUCUUCGAUGGUGGAACCAGAUAGAUGAAGACGGGAAAAGCCACUGGAUAUUUGAAUCCAGGAAGGUCUCUGCAAACUACAUGGCUGCCACUGAGGCAGAGGCACGCAUCUUCUGGCUCGGUCUCAUCAUCUGCCCAGUGAUCUGGAUUGUGUUCUUCUUCAGUACCUUGUUCUCCUUGAAGCUGAAGUGGCUGGCUCUCGUGAUUGCUGGCAUUUCCCUCCAAGCUGCGAACCUCUAUGGCUACAUCCUCUGUAAGAUGGGGGGCGACGGUGAUGUGAGCGCAGCUGCAGCUAGCUUUCUGUCCCAGACAGUGUUUCAGACGGAUUCCCCAGGUGACUUUGAGAGGCCCAGGAUGGAAGGGCUGGACAUCCACCAGCACUAGGCUGCAGUGGCUGGUGAAUCUGGGGCUUCAACAAAAAAAGACUGGCCUUUGUCACAACUCUUGCCUUAAAGAGACAGAAAAGAAGACCCUUGAAGAAGCCUUGCUCUUUUGUGCCUGCUGCAGUGUAGCUGCCUGGGGCUCCCUGCUGGGACAGCAAAGGGGGAGAGACACAACAUGGGCCCCAGCUGUGUCCCCUCCUCAGCAACCGUUGAUGUUGCCUUGCUGUGGCAACUUGUGAGUCGGUUGGGUAGCAUGCGGCAAAGGCAGAUUCUAGGCCCAAAGACCUGUCUCCUCUGCUCUGGGUGGCCCAGAGGUCUGCAUGAGAUCUAACCCGCAGCCCAGGAAAAAAAUGAGAGGACGGAAAGGGAACCAGCUGGUGCUCUCAACAGAUAGGACUAAGAAAAGGGGAUGAGGAUGGGGUGAGCUUCUGGGCAUCUCAGAGGAAACACACGUGUAAAUGUGGAACACGCACUGCCUCUCAGGUGAGCAGAACCCUCAGUGCACACACCCUGACCUCUGCCUGCUCCCCCUAUCAUGUCAUCUUUACGGUUCUUUCCAGCUGCAUAGUCACUCACAUGCACAUGCACGUGCACGCACAAACCAUCCUGAGUAUGGAACCCAGGGGAGACAAAGCUUUGCCUGUGAACCUCCCUCAAGCCCCAGUCCCCAUGUUGCUACUCAAGGCCCUGUUCAAACACCUCAGUCCCCUCUUCCCUAACAGGCAAAGGCCAGCUCCCACACUUGGGUACAUAGUCAUCUGCAGCAGAAGCCAACCCACCUCAGGCUCUGAGACCCAGGCGCCUGGCCCUGCUCCACCUCCUGCUCCCAUCACAGGUAUCUACCACUCGAGCAAGCUCAACUCUUACUGUGGGGAAAGUGAAAUCUACUGGGCAGUAGAGCCCCUGUUCCCUCACAGCAAACCAAUACCUGGGUGAACUUGGGAUAGAGAGAGAUGCACAUCGCUCCCUCAUCUGAAGACCAUUCAGAGCAGAAAUCUUAAGACACCCAACACGGUCCCCAGUAUAUGUCAAAGCCCAGCACAGGAACAGAGUGAGCUGUCUUGCCACUAAGUGACCAAGGGGCCCUGCAGUCCUAGGACACAUAGCUGGAAUUUCAUGGAGAAUCUGAGGGGUCUGCCCCAGGCCUGCUUCUCUCCUUUAGCUGCAGCCUCUAAGGAGCUCUGUGGGUACAGCUCUGACUCACCACUGCUGGUCCUGCAUACAAGCCCCCGAGCUGCUAAGACGUCUGUGCAAACAGCAGAAGCCCCUCAGAACUGCCAUGUUCAGACUCACCUAUGUGUGGAUCCAGAGGCACUUUGCCCAGAAGAGGGAUCUUCAGGUCCUGGCACAUGGCCUCGGCACCCCCAGUCGUGGGAGGGAAGAUCUGAGACUCUUUCUGUGAGGCAGAAAGAGGAGGAGGCCUUAUUUUGUUUCUGCAUCUUCGGACACACACACUAGUUUUCAGACAUUUUGAAACAGGGCCUUGUUUGGCUAUGAAACUCUGAAGCAUCUUCAGCCAGGCAGUAGUAGAGGGUUUGAUGGAGACCCUCCCUUCCCAACACAGCAGGGAAAGCAGAAACAGUCCCUAAAGAACAUCCCUGCCAUCUCCCAACUAGGACAAGGGUGUGCUUAGGCCUCCUGGGGCCCCUCACCUUGCACUUGGGGCAGAUGAAGCUGCUCAUGUUCUCUACCACACCAAUGAUGGGCAGCUUCACCUUGUGGCAGAAGCUGAUCUCUUUCCGGACAUCCUGGAGGGCCACCUCCUGGCAAAGUUCACAGAACAGUUAUCCCUCAGCCAAAGGGCAUUGAAAGACACGUGUGAUCCAGGAGGUGCCGUACAAUCAUCAGAGUGCUCACUCACCUGAGGGGUGGUGAGGAUCACCGCCCCAUCAAUAUGUGCCGCAGCCAGAUACUGGACCACAGAGAGGUGUUCAUCGGAUGUGCCGGGUGGGGUGUCUAUGAUGAGGUAGUCCACAUCUCCCCAGUCUACAUCACGGAGGAACUGUUUGAUCAUACCUGGAAGUGGGCAAGGCUGAGUGUGUGCCUUCUUUCUGGCAAACAUCUCCAGAAGCAUCUUUCAGCAUGCAUGAGCAUGUGGCCUCCAUUCUCAGCCUCAACACAGUGACAUUGCUGUCUCCAGGGGCCAGGAGGUGAGAUCUGUAGACAUGUUGGGUGGCCAUGAUGAAGCCAGGGGUGCUACUGUCAGUAUGUGUGGCACACACAUGUUGUUCCAACAGUCAUGUGGCUGAAGUGUUAAGAGCGAGAAGGUGCUUGCCCGGCCAUGCUGUCUUGCAUCAUCUUAUGCUUCCCCAGAAAGGGGUUUUCAGUCCACACUUCCCUCCCUGACACCAACCAGCCACGUGAUACCACACUACAGACCACUUCGGGAUCCUACACGUCUCAAGAGUAGAAAAGCUCACAGUAGGUAAUAAAAUGUCUACACUGAAAACUGGUAUUUCUCAUAAUUUUAUCAGGGAGGGUGGCGCUAAAACAGAACACACUACACACCAGGGUGUGGCUCCUGGUGAGAACAUUUGUAGGCAUGAGGUCCUGGGCUCCACUCAGGACCAAAAUAAUAGCACUAACACACCAUAAAGCCCAUCAAGUGCCCUCAGCCUCCCCAACAGCCUGGAUGUAGGCAGAAUCAGGAAUUGGAACCAGG